UGUGGCGCGGUCAAAUUUCUUGUGCUCAGUCCAAAAGACUAACUAAAGGUCAUCAAUAAAGAUGUCAUUCUCCAGCAUUGACAUCACAACUGAGAAGUCGUCGAAUAAAGGCGGCGGAAAGUGGCCUUGGUAUGGGGCGCCCAUCUUUUGUGUAAUCUGGUUUACACUUUUCUAUGUGACCGUCAUACCAAGCUUUUUCUCCUAUCCGAAAAUGAUCUAUGUUCGAGAUGAGGCCAAUCACCCGGACGAGUUUAUAGGCGAGCGUGCCAAGAUUCAGUUGGCCGAGUAUUCGUCGAUUGGAAACAAAAUGACUGGAUCGAUAAAUAAUGAGGUGCAUGUCGUUAAUUUUGUGCUGCGCGAGGUGCAAAAAAUUGUGGAUCAGUCGCGCAGCGAUCUAUAUGAUAUCGUUUCGGAGGUGCAGUACUCCUCGGGCAACUUCUACUUGUGGGAUACGGCCGCCAGCUACGACAAUGUGUCCAAUGUUGUGGUCCGGAUCUCAAGAAAAGAUAGUCCCAAUGACAACUAUUUGUUGGUUAACUCACAUUACGAUUCAGAGGUGAAAACGCCGGCGGCAGGUGACGAUGGCAUCAUGGUGGUCAUAAUGCUGGAAACACUGCGCGUAAUCGCACGCUCCGAAAGGCCACUGGCUCAUGCUGUGGUCUUUCUUUUCAAUGGCGCCGAGGAGGCGAGCAUGAUGGGCGCUCAUGGUUUUAUCACAAAGCACAGAUGGGCAGCCAAUUGCAAAGCGCUUAUCAAUCUGGACUCGACGGGCUCAGGUGGUCGCGAGGUGUUGUUUCAAACGGGACCCAAUCAUCCGUGGCUCAUGAAUUACUAUCAGAAGUAUGCUCCACAUCCCUUCUCCAUAACACUAGCCGAGGAGCUGUUCCAGAAUAACUUUAUACCAUCCGAUACGGACUUUCGCAUAUUCCGCGACUAUGGCAAUGUCCCCGGCUUGGAUAUGGCGCACGCCCUCAAUGGAUAUGUCUACCACACCACAUACGACAACUUUAAGAACCUGGCGCGCGGUACUUAUCAGACCACGGGCGAUAAUGUUUUGGCCUUGACCUGGGCGCUGGCAAAUGCUCCUGAGCUCGAUGAUACCUCUGCCCACGAGGAGGGACACGCUGUCUUCUUCGACUACCUCGGCUGGUUCAUUAUCGUCUAUACGGAAUCGGCCAGCAUUGCCAUUAAUAUUGUUGUUUCUGUGGCUGCUCUAAUUUGCAUUGGCCUCUCCGUUUACUUUAUGACCAAGAGCAAUGACGCGGAUGCACCGAAGGCUGUGGCCGUGCGUUUUGGCAUUAUCUUUCUGGUACAGUUGGGUGCAGUGAUUAUAGCCUGGGGAUUGACCAUACUCGUGGCUGUUUUCAUGCAUGGCGUUGGCCUUGGAGAGUCCUGGUACUACAGCAUUUGGAUGACAUUCGGCUUGUAUUUCUGCCCCAUGUUCUUUGGACUGGGCUUGCUGCCUGCCUUUUACAUAGGCUGGACCAAGCACAAAACGAACAUGAAGCUCAACCAGACCAUUGCCUGCUUUAUGCAUGCUCAUUGCAUUUUAAUUGUGUUCCUUUGCCUGCUCCUGACAGGCCUGGGCAUACGUUCAGCCUUCUUUCCCAUGAUAGGUUUGUCCUUCUACACCAUCUCUAUCAUUGUGCAGCUGAUCCUUAAGGUGACCAUUAAGAAGAGCUACUUUAUGUCGGUACAUUUGGUUUUCCAGCUGUUGCCUUUCUUCUUCUACACCUAUUUGAACUAUGUAAUUUUGCUGGUAUUCGUACCCAUGCAGGGACGCGAUGGGCCUGAUAGCAAACCAGAUAUGCUGAUUGCAAUCUUCAUCGCCCUGAUGACGAUGCAUUUUGCUGGAUUCAUAAUACCAAUUUUAAACAAAUUCCGCAAAUCGAAGAUCUUUAUCUCAAUGUUUGGAGUACUAACCAUUAUAUUCAUUAUAUUAGCCGCCACGCCUGUGGGCUUCCCUUUCAAGGAGGAUCUUGCCGCACAGCGCUACUAUGUUCUGCACACGCAACGCACACUGCACAAUGCGGAUAAUAGUAUAACACAAGAAACUGGAUUCUAUAUACAACCCGUUGAUACUCGAUACUCAGAACUUUAUGAUACAACGCUUAAGAACGUUGAACCCGAGAGCUGGCUCGCGGAUAACUGUGCUUCAGAGCCCUAUUGCAGUCUACCGCUAUACAGUGGACGUUGGUUGAAUUGGAAGGAUUCAGCUCGUUGGAUCUACAGUACGGCGCCAGUGUUUCCAGUUGUCACAGAGCUCACUGAGAUAUCAAGACAGUCUAUUAGCCAGAACAAAAAGCGUUACGAGUUCAGUUUAAAGGCUGGUGAUCGCAUUGUCAUGUACGUUGAUCCCAUGGAGAACGUGAAGAUUACAAACUGGUCGUUCGACGAAACCGUUUUGGUGGAUGGCCAUACUGCACCAUAUUUCAUAUACCAUGUCUCCUCCAUGGUUGAGGAGCCCUAUAAUUUCUGGCUGGAGUUUGAGCACGAUGCAGCCAAUACAGAUGGACCGUACUUCAAGCUGGCUGUGAGUGUACAUUUCCUUUACCAUCCGGAGUAUUACACGAGCGAGUUUAAGGAGUUUCUUAGCACCUUUCCGGCCUGGACAUAUACUACCGAUUGGUUUGCCUCGUAUGAGAGUUGGAUUUUUUAA